AUGGCAUUGACAGCAACGAGAGCCGCUAACGCCCACCUGGGGCGGGCGUACGUCUUAAACGCUGCUCUAGCUCACAGAGCAUCCUUCGUGCGCCACCGCUCCACCCAAGCAAAGCCCGACGUCUGUAUCCUGGAAGUCGGCCCACGCGAUGGCCUUCAGAAUAUCAAACAGCACGUGGACACAUCCAUCAAAAUCGACUUGAUCAAACGAUUGGCCGCGGCCGGGUGUCAGGCGAUCGAGGCCGCUUCCUUUGUUUCGCCGAAAUGGAUUCCCCAGCUCGCGGACAGCCCGGAGGUGAUGAAGGCGAUUCUCCCGUUGAUGGAAGAGAAGGGGAUUCGUGUGCCGGUUUUGACGCCAAAUAUGAAAGGCUUUGAGCGAUCGGUGCAGAGCGGCGCGAGGGAAGCUGUGGUGUUUGCAUCUGCUUCGGAGGGCUUUAGCUGGAAGAACACGAAUUGCUCGGUCGAAGAGGCCCUGAAUCGAGCUGAAGCGGUAGUCAAGGCGGCCAUUAGCCAGGGCGUUCGAGCACGAGGUGUCAUUUCUUGUAUCUUCGCUUGCCCUUAUGAUGGACCGACAGAUCCUGCCAAGGUCCUCCAGGUUGCAAAACGCUUCUUGGAAAUGGGGUGCUUCGAAGUUGGCCUUGGAGAUACGAUUGGUGUUGGCACGCCUGCAGCGACGGAGAAGCUCCUGCGUGUGUUGCUGUCUGAGAUCCCCGCGGAAAAACUCGCGGGUCACUAUCACGAUACCUACGGACAAGCCGUUGCCAACAUCUCCAAGUCGUAUGAGAUGGGGCUAAGAGCUUUCGACAGUAGUGUCGCUGGGCUCGGCGGAUGUCCAUACGCCAAAGGCGCCACUGGUAAUGUUGCCACUGAGGACGUGGUAUACAUGUUCCACGACGCGGGCGUCUCUACCGGAAUCGACCUCGAGCAACUUUCCGGGAUUGGCGACUGGAUCUCGCGGACGGUGAACAUGAAGAAUGGCAGCAGAGCCGGUGCGGCCAUCUUUGCCAAGGGGCAGUCAAAGGCAGUCGCAACACCUGCUACUUCGACCUCCGCGGCAACCACGACCAAGCCCGAACUGAAAUGGGAGCAGAUAUCGGACGACGGGGAACACCGAGUGUCACGAUCCGGUCCGGUGGUUAAGAUUACGCUGACACGCCCGCGCAAUGGGAAUGCCAUGACGGAUACGAUGGUGGAAGGCAUCACCAAGCUCUUCCACGAUCUUGCCAAAGACCAAACGGUCUUUCAGAUUGUCCUGGAUGCUGAAGGAAAGUACUUUUGCACGGGCAUGGAUCUCAGCGCAUCUGGCAGCACUUCCAACAACGACCGGGCCGUCAAGGAAGCGUAUUACCGCAAGAUUGAAAACUUGUUCCUCGCAGUCAUGAAUGCACCUCAGACCACCAUUGCCAAAGUACAAGGGCCUUGUUUUGGAGGGGGAGUCGGCUUGACGUUUGCCUGCGACAUCCGGCUGGUCUCGCCCAACGCUCGUUUCACCAUGUCCGAGAUCAAGCUGGGUAUGAGUCCGGCAACGAUCUCGCGGCAUAUGAUUCGGGAAUGGGGCAUUUCGCUGGCUCGUGAGGCAAUGCUCACGGGAAGAGAGGUUUCGCCGGCAGAGUUGGACAAGCUUGGCAUCGUGCAAGGCAUCGCUGCUUCACAUGAGGCACUAGACGACCUCGUCACGGAUUACCUAUUCCGCCUGCGCAACUGUGCACCGCGGUCCGCUGCGGCAAUCAAGGAGCUUGUGCGGAUUGGGUGGACGGAUCCGGGCGGCGAGGAGCAGACCAAGUACGUCAAGCACGUCUUUGCGAGCAUGAUCGAACCGGGGUCAGAGGGCGAGCAUGGGAUGUCACAGUUCCGCAAGAAGAUUAAGGAUGUCGACUGGGCGGGCUUUUGGGGCGCUCGACCGCUCGUUUCCAAUUCCUCGUCUGCGUAG